AUGAAAUACACAGCUUUUAAAAACUCCUUGAGAUUUGCAAGUAAAUUUUGCCAGAACAAUAAUUACAAGUUAUACAUGAACAGUGUACCUCAGUUUUCAACAUAUGCAUAUGGAAAAUAUUUAAAAACAAAUCCCCUUACGAAUAGACUUGAUGAUUUGCUAAAAAAAAAUUCAAACUUAAUUAGUAUAAUUAGCUUAAAUGGAUUGGAUGAUUUAAUUACCCAAUCCUCAAAAAUAGAGUCUGUUUCUAUUGCGGAUUGGCUACUAAACCUAGUCGAAGAGUAUCAAUCUCAAGAAAGAUGUGUACAUAUUAUGAGCUUAUACAAUGUAUGUUAUAAUUAUAUAUGUUGCAGAAAACUAUCUAUUUUGUUUUAUGUAAUUAUAAUAUGGAAAGUCUUUAUAUCUACACAGUUAUUAUUCAUUGAAUUUUAUUCCUCAUUUUCUUUUUUUUUAUAUAAUGCUAUCAUGUGUAAAUAUGACCACAAUACGCAGUUGGUUUUCCAUUAG